GGAACACUACACCAACCGUUAACAGCCGUCAGAAGGAAGCUGCGUUCCCCCUUUUCGAACCUGGGAAAGGAAGAAACCGUUCUUUGUGCGAGUGAAAUUGUUGAUUCCAGAGAAGAAAAGGGUCGAAGAGUGGGAGUGGAUUUUUGGGUUUGAUGGGUUAUUUUUGGUGAAAGAACGGAGCCCUUUUGAGUUCGUGUGUUCAAAGGGUAAGAAUCAUGGACUGCGAAGUGAAUGAAAGCGAGGAAUACUCGCUGCUCAAGAAUCUGAGGCUCGAAAUCGAUGGAGAUGAUGGGUGUUUUAAUAUCUGUUUUUGGGUUUAUCUUAUGAAUUCUUCCACAUUCCCCGUUUCAAUCCUUCAGGUACAGUUAGAUUCAUCAGGCAUGAGUUCUUUUCUGGUUCUAAGUGAAAGGAAUAGAAUUAAGAUUAUGCCUUUGCCCGCCUUACACAAACCCGAUGAACGUUCCAGCGCUGGUAGUUCUUCUUCCGGGAAUGAAGUUCCACAUGAAUGUCUAGACAUCGAUUUUCCCAUGGAAAAAUGGGUUCAUAUUGGAUGUGAGGUCUCCACCGAUUUUGUCCGACUGCAUAUUAAUGGGAAAAUGGUUGGAGAAAAGCCUAUGUCAUCUUCACUCGGUGAAGAUGCCAUUCCAAGGGGUUCGGGUAGGAUUGUUUUGGUCAACAAUGGUGAAGACAACAGCCUGCAAGGCUAUGUUCAUAAUGCAAAAGUUUUGCAUUCGGUAUCAUCGAUCAAGGAUUCUUAUGUCGAGGACCUACCCGUUAAAUUAUUUAUCGACAACUCUUCGACCACGGAGAUUGAAGAGGGCAGUGAUGGCAUAUGGAAUAUAGUUGGUGGCAAGCCAUCUUGUCGUCGAAAUUUCUCAUUGGAAGUUAUGCUGUUAGAUUCCUCUGGCCAGCCUGUUCUUAAGGAACUCGAGGUUGUUGCCUCCCUCAUCUAUGCUGAAAGUGGGGAAGCUGUGGAGAAGUCAAGUGAUGAAGAAGCUCCCCUUUUGGCAAGCUAUGAUGGUGUUGAAUUUGCUUCCAGUGAUAGACCAAGUAAACUGUUGAAUGGGCGUGCAUCCUUUAAGCUAAAAAUAUCUCAGCUAUCUUCUAAAUGUGAUAACAAGCUCUUCCGCAUAAGAUUUUGCAUACCUAAAUUUGAGGGGUAUCCCUUCUUCGAGGCUCUCUCUUCUCCAAUUCGCUGCAUCUCAAGGAGUCGAACUACUCGUACGUCAACUUUGAUGUGGAAAAGAUCUGCUGUCCACGGACUCGAUGGAUCUCGGCCAUCUGGUUUGGACAACGGAACCUCAGAACACGAGCAUGUUUCAAUAGAUGAAGAAAAACCAAGUCCACUAUUGAAGAGGAUUAAAGUGGGACAAGAUAGAGUUUUACCGAACUCUAACGACGAUCGUGCUUUACGGCAACCCGAUGAGGAAUGCAACUCUCAUUCUUUUACUGCCAAUGAGGCUGAAAAUGGAUUUGGCACAAAUUUAAGAGAGAGACCCAAAAAUAAUGGAUCAAGAAGAGCAUCCCCAUCAGACUCUGCAAGCACUCAAGCCAGACAUUUGGCUCCGAAUAGAACUACAACCAGUGGAAACCCGAUAUCGGAUGUGAACAUUUUCAAAUAUUGCCUAGCAGGUUUACCUGAGAGGUCACAUCUGCUCAAGGAGAUUGCAACAUCCGUGUCGCAGGAAGAAGUUUCGGAAUUUGCCGACCAUGUUUCCCUAUAUUCUGGAUGUUUACACCACAGGCAUCAAAUCCUAAUGUCAAGAAAAUUAAUAGAAGAGGGAAUUCGGGCCUGGAAUUCAAUAUCUCAAAACAAGCAUCAUGUUCAGUGGGAGAGUGUUGCUUUUGAGAUUGAAGAACAGUUCAUGAGAAUUUCUGGCUGUAGCUCUAGAUCUCUCACUCAGCAGGACGUCGAGUUGCUGCGGAGAAUUUCUGGUUGUCACGAGUAUCUGGCUCGAGAGAACUUCGAGAGAAUGUGGUGUUGGUUAUAUCCUGUAGCUUUUACUUUAUCCAAACAAUGGAUCAAUGCAAUGUGGAGUUCUUUAUCGCCCAAAUGGAUCGAAGGAUUCAUUACGAAAGAAGAAGCCGAAUUAUCGCUUCAAAGUCCGACGGGUCUUCAAGAGCCUGGGACGUUUAUUCUUCGGUUUCCCACUUCGAGAAGCUGGCCUCAUCCUGAUGCUGGUAGCUUGGUAGUCACCUAUGUUGGCAAUGACUAUUCUCUUCAUCAUAGACUUCUUACACUUGAUCACUUUUUCAGUUCUGCUGAAGGAAAGAAGAAUAUGAGAAGCCUUCAGGACAUGCUUCUUGCAGAACCCGAGCUCUCUCGAUUGGGAAGGACAAUUCGAAGUCGUUGAAUCGCAGAAGAUGGCAGUAUCCAUCCACAGCAUUUGUUUGGUUUGCUUCACUACAGACAUCUCCCAGUUAAGUUGCGUACAUAUUGCACAUACCGGAGUCGUUUUGGAACGAAUAUUUACAGGCAUGUCGGAGCCACUCGAGAACUAAGAUUUAAAAGGUGAACCAUUCAUAUACUCUUCUUUUAUUCAGAACAUUGCUCGUCAUAAACUACGAGUCAUCAGUGAAACACCUCGAGGUAAUGCUCGUACAUCAGAUUACCGUCUUAUGUCGGGAUAUUUGAUGCCUCAGCUGUUUUUGUUGUAGUUCUUUAACAAAACUUAGCAAACGAGUUCUUGUGAGUUUUUGGUUGUUUUAAUCCCAAAGUAUGUAAGUUAAAAUGAUUC